UUUAUGUACAAGUGGAGAUAGAGAACUUUGCGUGUGUUUUUUGUCGAAGAAAUUGAGCGGGAAGGGAAAAAUAAUGAGCUCCUCGGCGGUAGACGCAGAAGCACCAGAUCUGGUGUGCCAGCUCGACAAUGUUCAUGGCAUGGUUGAUGCUCUCUCCGCCGUCCGAUGGAAACGCCACCAGGAUGCGAUAAUCGAAUUAUCAGAACACGGCAUCGUUUUGAUAGUUGAGGAAUCCGGUUGUCUCCAAGGCAAAGUGUAUCUUAAACGUGAGCUUUUUAUGAAAUAUGAGUACAGCGCGCAAGGACGCCCUAGGUUUGGAGUGAGCUUGGGACUUUUUGUUGAUUGCCUGAACACAUUUUCGGUUCCUGGGCAUUCAAGCUUGAUUGAAAUACGAUAUCCCGGGCCUGACAUGGAGCUUCUUCUCAAAUCUGUACAUUCACCAGAUGCUAGCAUCUACGCAGAAAUCAGGACAAGAAUACCAGAUACAAUUUCAUGGGACUACAAUUUUGAACCUGCAGGAAACACGCCUCUCAGUUUUACCGUCAAGUCUGCAGCACUGAAGGAAGCUAUUGACGACCUUGAGUGGCCAGGAUCAAGCAUCCAGAUAAAACUGCAACCUGAUCCCCCUUCUGUUACCUUCAAAGGAGAAGGUCAUGGAGACUUGCAGAUAGACUUGAUGUAUUAUGUAAACACUGAUCUUUUGAUGGCAUUUAACUGUGAUCAUGAAGUCUCUUACAGAUAUAAGUACAAGUUUCUCCGAGCAACAACUUCAAAUAUACCCAGCAGUGCUAUAAAGGAUAACAGAGGAAGUAAGUUGACUAUUGGGAGAGGUGGAAUGUUAAAAGUCCAGCACUUGGUUUCUGUGGCUAGAUCCUGUACUCCACACCCGCACAUUGAUUCUGCUGGAUAUCAACAACCCAGUCGAAUUGCUUUUGUUGAGUUCUUUGUCAAGCCUGAGGAAGAUUUAGACACUGCUGAGGAGCAUGUACCAGAUUUUGUGUAAUCAUCACAUGCUGUUGAAAUACAUGAGCCAGAAAAGAGACGGCUAUUUAACUAA